GGCAGGAGCAGCGGGAGCAGGAGGAGGAGGAGGAGAGGAGGAGGAGGCGGAGGAGGAGAGGAGCCGGCGGCGGUACGUAGUAGUGGUGGUGCCCGUGGCAGCAGCAGCAACAGCAGCAAAGCAACCUCAGCUGAAGCCCCAGAAUUCUGUGCUGUUUUUUCUGUAACUGGGGAAGGUGGAAAAACCCAGAAGGAAGUCAGUUGAGGAAAAUUCUCCAUGAAUGUACGUCACAAUGAUGAUGACCGACCAAAUUCCUCUGGAACUGCCACCAUUGCUGAAUGGAGAGGUAGCCAUGAUGCCACAUUUAGUGAAUGGAGAUGGAUCGCAGCAGGUCAUUCUAGUUCAAGUUAAUCCAGGUGAAACUUUUACAAUAAGGGCUGAGGAUGGCACUCUUCAAUGCAUUCAAGGACCUGCCGAGGUUCCCAUGAUGUCACCCAAUGGAUCCAUUCCACCUAUUCAUGUGCCACCAGGUUAUAUAUCACAGGUUUUAGAAGACAACACGGGAGUACGGCGAGUGGUAGUGACUCCGCAAUCUCCAGAGUGUUACACUCCAAGUUAUCCCUCGGCUAUUUCCCCGACUCAUCACUUGUCUCCGUAUCUUCCUCACCACCCCCAUUUUCUUCAUAACUCACACACGGCCUUCUACCCCCCUGUCACUGGACCCGGAGAUAUGCCGCCUCAGUUUUUCCCACAUCAUCUUCCUCCCACAUUAUACGGAGAACAAGAAAUUAUACCACUAUAUGGAAUGUCCAGUUACAUUACUAGAGAAGACCAGUACAGCAAACCACACCCCAAAAAGAUGAAAGAACGGCAGAUCGACCGGCAGAACCGUCUCAACAGCCCUCCUUCCUCCAUCUACAAAGGCCACCUGGGUAGCUGCGCAACAGUGUACAAUGGCUAUGGGAAGGGUCACAACGGUGGAAGCAGUGGAGGAGGCGGCGGCGGGCCAGGAAUUAAAAAAGCAGAGCGGCGUGCAAGAAGCAGUCCAAAGUCAAAUGAGCCGGAUUUGCAAGGUCUUGCUGCUUCCCUUUUCAGCCAGGGAUUUGGGGCCAGGAGGAGAAGAUACUCAGACCAGCCUCACAAAUAUGACUCGGAGGCAAAAAGGGUUCAAGACAUUCUUUCAGGAAUAGAGAAACCACAGGUCUCAAACAUUCAGGCAAGAACCGUUGUUCUUACCUGGUCUCCUCCAGCUGGCCUUUCAGGGGGAGAGAGAUCCAGCAAUGGCUCACCAUGCACCUAUAGUUUUGAGGUUGGCUUGUCAGACAAAGGAAGAGAUGGAAAGUACAAGAUCAUUUACAGUGGAGAAGAAUUAGAGUGCAUCCUGAAAGACCUAAGGCCCGCAACAGAUUAUCACGUCAGAAUAUAUGCAAUGUAUAAUUCAGUAAAGGGAUCCUGUUCCGAGCCAGUCAGCUUCACCACUCAUAGUUGUGCUCCAGACUGUCCCUUCCCACCGAAGAUGACACACAAGACUAAAAGUUCACUCACCCUACAAUGGAAGGCACCGAAUGAUAAUGGCUCAAAAAUCACCAGCUAUCUUUUAGAAUGGGAUGAGGGAAAAAGAAACAGCGGUUUCAGAGAAUGUUAUUUCGGGAGCCAGAAGCACUGCAAGUUGACUAAGCUUUGUCCCGCAAUGGUAUACACUUUCAGACUGGCUGCGCGCAAUGACAUAGGCACAAGUGGUUAUAGCCAAGAAGUAGUGUGCUACACAUCCGGAAACAUUCCUCAAAUCCCCGCCGCUCCAAGACUUGUUCGAGCUGGAGUCACAUGGAUCACGUUGCAGUGGAAUAAGCCAGAAAGCUGUUCGCCUGAGGAGGGAAUUACAUACACAUUGGAAAUUCAGGAGGAAGAUAAUGAUAACCUUUUUCAUCCAAAAUACACUGGAGAAGAUGUAACCUGUACUGUGAAAAAUCUCAAAAGAAGCACACAGUAUAAAUUUAGACUGAUUGCUUCUAAUGUCGAAGGAAAAAGCUGUCCAAGUGAUGUUUUGGUUUGUACAACAAGUCCUGACAGACCGGGUCCUCCAACGAGGCCCCUUAUCAAAGGGCCCAUUACAUCUCAUGGCUUUAGCGUUAAAUGGGAUCCUCCCCAGGACAAUGGUGGAUCUGAAAUCCUGAAAUACUUAUUGGAGAUUUCUGAAGGGACUUCUGAAGCCAAUCAGUGGGAAGUGGCAUAUAGUGGAUCUGCUACAGAAUAUACUUGUACUCACUUGAAACCAGGCACUUUGUAUAAACUCCGGGCAUGCUGCAUCAGUACUGGUGGACACAGUCAGUGUUCUGAAAGUCUACCCGUCCGUACAUUAAGUGUUGCACCAGGUCAAUGUCGGCCACCCAGGAUCUUGGGGAAACCAAAGCACAAAGAAGUUCAUUUACAAUGGAAUGUCCCAUCCUCAGAGAGUGGUUGUCAGGUCUCAGAAUACAGCGUGGAGAUGACCGAACCUGAAGCAGUUGCUUCUGAAGUGUAUCAUGGACCCGAUCUAGAGUGCACAGUCAGCAACCUCCUUCCUGGAACUCUGUAUCAUUUCAGAGUGAGGGCCUUGAAUGAUGGAGGGUAUGGUCCAUAUUCAGAUGCUUCAGAAAUCACCACAGCAGCGGGGCCCCCUGGGCAAUGCAGAGCACCUUGUCUUUCUUUUGUGUCAGAUGCUUGUGUACUAGUAAGCUGGGAGUGUCCUGAAAGCUCCGGUACUGAUGUCUCAGAGUACAGGCUGGAGUGGGGAGAAGAAGAAGAAUCCUUAGAACUUGUAUAUAAUGGAACAGAUACUUGCUUUGAAAUAAAAGAUCUGUUAUCAGCAGCACAAUAUUGCUGUAGGCUCCAGGCUAUCAAUCAAGCAGGAGCAGGGCCAUACAGUGAUCUUGUCACUUGUAAGACCCCUGCAUCUGUGCCCGAUGCUAUCUCUACUCUCUAUAUCCUAGAAGAUGAAACCGUAGAUGCCUAUCCAACAUCAUCCACCGUGUGCCUUGUACUCCAUUGGGAGGAACCCUGCAGUAACGGUUCUGAAAUCAUUGCUUAUAAUAUAGAUCUUGGAGAGAUUAGUAUUGCCGUGGGCAGUGCUACAAGUUACGUCAUUAAGGAUCUGCUUCCAGAAACUUCCUACAGGAUCAGAAUCCAGGCUGUAAAUGAAAUUGGAGCUGGACCAUUUAGUCAUGUCAUUAAGGCCAAAACCAGGCCAUUACCCCCCUUACCUCCCCGUUUGGAGUGUGCUGCAGCUGGUCCCCAGAGCCUGAAGCUAAAGUGGGGAGACAGCAGCUCCAAAAUGCAUGUCACCGAUGAUGUGAUCUACAUGCUUCAGGUGGAGGACAGAAACAAGAGGUUUAUUCCAAUUUACAGAGGACCAAGUCACACCUACAAGGUACAGCGGUUGGCUGAAUUCACUUGCUACUCCUUCAGAAUCCAGGCUGUGAAUGAUGCUGGGGAAGGACCUUUCUCCGAUAUAUAUACCUUCAGCACAACCAAAUUGGUUCCACCUCCCAUCAAAGCACCUCGAGUGACCCAGUUGGAUGGGAAUGCAUGUGAAAUCUCAUGGGAGGUGGUCCCGGCUAUGAAAGGAGAUCCCAUUAAUUACAUUCUGCAAGUCUUGGUUGGACGAGAAUCUGAAUACAAACAGGUGUACAAGGGCGAGGAGGCAGCCUUUCAUAUCUCAGGCCUUCAGACCAACACGGAUUACAGGUUCCGGGUGUGCGUGUGCCGGCGCUGUCUAGAGACCUCCCAGGAACUAAGUGGUGCUUUCAGCCCCUCCGCUGCCUUUAUGCUCCAAGGAAGUGAGGUCGUGCUUCCGGGGAAGCUGGGCAGCCUAGAUGAUCCCAAAAUGAAGAGCACCAUGCCUACGGAUGAACAGUUCGCAGCCCUCAUUGUUGUGGGCUUUGCGACUCUGUCCAUUUUAUUUGCCUUUAUAUUACAGUACUUCUUGAUGAAGUAAAGAAAAAGCCCACCAAAUUCGAGGUAUGAAUUUAUGUAAUGCUACGCAUUAUACUACACACAUUUAUUCAGCUAGUCCUUUUGGAAACCCUUUUUAUUUGUUGUUGUUCUUUGAUCGAUAUAUUUCUCUCGUUUUACAGUUCUAGCUAGGAAUCCAAUGUCCGUGUUUUGGUGCACCUUUUUGAAAUGCAAAACUAGGAAGAAGUCAAACUGGAUCAAUAAGCAAACCAGAUACCAAAAGCAAGCUUUGUUAUGUUUUCUUAUAAAUUUUUGGAUUUGCCUUUUUACUGUUUCCACAGACAUCCUUAUCAGCUUUUGAUUUAUGUUACCAGUUUAGUAAAUUAUAAUCACCAGUCACUUCUUUUGUCUUUAUCAUCUAUAGCGGAAAACAUUAAUCACGUCGUGCAUAGUAAAUAGGGCUAGAAUUCCAGUGUCGGUGAAUAGCGCAAGGUUUUCAGAGUAUCUUCAACGACACUGAGUAGAUUUAUUCACUACAUUGCAACCGCCCUAACGACAGCUACCAUUUUGUCACUCAGUUAUCUACCUAUGUUUAGCUCAUUUAAACCCAAUCAUGUACUACAAUCUAAGACUUUUUAUAAUCUGUUAUUCUUAUGAUUUUAACACUAUGAACUGCCUGUAUAAGAAAUCAAGUAACCAAAAUGCAUAUAAAUUAUGGAGCAUUAUAGAUUUUACCGUGUUGGGUCAUAGCAGUAACUUUAAGAGGGCAUUGUGCAAUAGAUAGUUAUUCCCUUGUUCAGCUGUUGAAAAGCUGCUUUAACUUGUCUGUCCCUGUAUAUAACGACUCCUAAUCUAAUCACUAGUUUUUUUUUUCUCUCUUCUGUCCUACCUGACCUGAACUGUAUGUCUAGAACUGGUGACAGGUUAGUGCCUUUUGCUGAUUACACUAACUGUGAGCAGUCUUCACGAGUCAGCUGAUCACUUUUGGAGGUUUCACUUUAGAGUGUUCUUUGAGGUAUCAAAAAAUGGAAUGAUUUGAAUUGAAGUAUCUGAAUUCAGUGCACACCUUAUGAGUAUAACACAGCGGGAGCAAAUUGGACAAAUCCAAAGGCGAUUCAUCUAAAUUGGGCCGGCCGGACACGGAGAGGGAAGAUUUGUCUAGACGUUAGCCCAGGAUGUCGGGAGUAAGAAAGAGUCUUAGAGUCUGUCCCUGGUUCUGUCACUGACUUGCUGCGUGACCUUGAAUAAGUCACUUUACCUCUCUGUGCCUCAGUUUCCCCACUUACUUGAAAAUGGGGAUUCCAAUUCUUGUCUGUAAAGUGCUUUGAGAUCCUCGGACAACAGGUGCUAUAGGAGGGCAAAGUAUAACUCUUACGUGUUUCUUUUGAUUCACAAGGUAAUAGAUUUUAUCCCAAAGUCAUUGGAUUAUUUAUAUGAAGACAGUAAUGAUGUAGUACCUCAGGGACAUAAGAGUUGGAGGUGCAAAUAUAUUCCAAAAGGGUGCAACAGACACAGUGUAUAUCCCAGCUUUUGUUUUUGUAUAUUUUUGCUAUUUGGUUCUGCUUUGUGAUAGUUAUUUUGUGCUUGGUCUAUGUUGUCUAAGAAACAGUGUCCUGUACUAGCAUACUUAUUCCCAUAACCAAAGUAAUGGGGAAACCAACAUUAUUUUUGUUUUUGGUUUAUUUAUACUAUAUACUGCAUACAGUACUUUAAAUGCCAAUUACAGUGCAAUCUUUUAUUUAUUGUAAAAAUAAGAAGUGUACUUAUGUACUAAUUUUCCCUUGUAGCAUGUUAUAUUUUUUUGUUUGUUUUAAACUGUUGUAAUUUUAGGUCAAUCUUUCUCCCCAGCAGCAUUCCUAGUAUUAUUAACCUUCUUACAUUUUCUUGUGUUUUUGAAGUUGAGUGUCUAGUGCAUUAAAUGCCAAAAAAAAAAAAAAACAGUAUCAGUGAUUUAAAAGUUUACAUGUAUCCAAAACCAUAAUCAUCUCUUGAAAGUGCUAAGAUCAUUGAACUAUUCUGUGUGCCUCUAUAGAUGUAGUAAAUAUUAGAAAGUUUUGUAUUUUGUUAUUGACUAUAAUUAGUUGAGUUUAGUCUUGCAAGUGAAUGGCAUCAAGGUAAAAUAUAUUUUUGCUAAAGUCCUGGCAAUCCAAAAAAAUCUUCCCUCUUUAUUUAAAUCUAUAAACCAUUGUGACAUUGCACCUGCAUUUUGUGAACAUUGCUAAUGCAGAUAUUCCAAAAAAGGUAUCUUUUUUUUAAGGCAUGAAAAUUCAGGCCUGAGUUUGAAAACCUUACUAUUAUGAAUUUUUUUUUCCUUUUUAGAAACACUUCAGAAGUGCUGCUAUUAAAAAAAAUCCUCAAAUCAGUUGUUGUUGUUUUUUAAAAGUGUAAUACUUAAUGCCAUAUUUUCUUUGGGUAUAUAACCCUUUUUGGAGUUUGAAAAGAUUAAUUUGCCAGCAGAAGCUGCAGUGUGAGAAAUAAAAAUUGCAGCCUUUUAUUUUACUGGUAUCUGUUGGUAUUCAUUGCAAGUCCACCAGUAAGAAAAUGAUUACUGUAUUUGGCAUUAUUAUUGAUCAUGUAGGAAUUCCUCUGAACGUGAACCGAUAAAAUAAAGUGUUACACAUUCCACAAUUUGUCCUUUUAUUAAAAUACGGUUUCGAAGUGAUUUAUUUCUGAUGCUCUUGAUACUGCUCUACAUGUCAGACUCAUUCCCUGCCUCAAGUAGGAAAUUUCAUGGGAAACAUAACCCUAUGUCUUCUAAGAGGUUGUUUAAAAAAAAUUAAAAAAAAAAUUUUUUCAUAUUAUCGGCCAUGUUCCGAUCAACUUGAGAUGUUGGAGUUUUCUAAUUCUGCUUGGUUGGCUACAGUAAUUCAGUAUGCAUUUCAAAAUUGAAAAGUGCCCUAACUAAAUGUGUUUGAAUGUUAUCCUUGCACAAUUCUUUAAAUUGAGAGACAAAAAUGUUUUACCUCAAUGUUGGACAUACAUUCCAAGCUUUUCACCUUUAGGAGAAAAAAUAAUCAUAAGUUUUCCUGUAUUGUAAAUUUUAGACUAUUUCAUAUGCAUUAAAACUGCCAUACCAAUUUUAAUGUAUAGAUUUUUCAAAUACUAUGCUAUGUAUGUAAUACCUAACUGUAUCUGUAGUGUAUAUGUAAUAUAUUUAUGCCCAAUAAAUGUUUUAAUUCUUUGAUUUUAGCAA